AUGAAAGAAAUGGGCUCAGCCUCGGAGCCAGUGGCAAGGACCGCUGUGCCGCCUCCAUCCGACAAUACGCGCCAACCCGCCGACGCCGAAGUCCCAGAUUUCUGGCGACCGUAUGUCGUGAAAUUGCUAGAGAAUGGCCAAAUUGACGAAUAUGCUGAGGAACCGGUCAGUUUCGACAGCAUUCUGGCUCACAAAUGGAUUACUCGUUACGAUGUGAAACCGAGCAUUGAUCCUGCCUACGUCCCGCGAUGUGGUGAGCUUGUUCUCUGGAUCUGGGACGGUCUUGAAGACGGUAGUCUGACGCUCAAUCCCGUGACUGGCCGUCAUGAAAUCCUUGGCAAUGACCACCUUUGGCAUGGUUUGCCUUGUUGGCGUGCAGGUGUAGUGACCGAAAUGCCUCUAAAAGACACGUACAUGAGAGACAUUACGGAAACACCCGACGACCCACACGGUCUGAUUUACUCUUGGUUCCGCGUGGAGGCUCUACCACACCCUCUGGGCGAUGACAAGACCUAUUCGAAGCAGUACAACUACGUUCCCCUGCGGAAUAUCAGGCCUUUCAACGCCUGGAAAAUCUUUCUCAAGGACCAGAACUGGGACAAAUCGCACCCAUCUAUUUUAAACGCCAUGAACGUGAUAUCCUCCUGGAGCGUGGUGCGAAAAUACCACAUAGUCGGCAAAGACAGAAAUUGCAGUAUCCACUGCAAGGCCAUCUUCAUCGGUAGCGAACUCCUCGCCGUCUCGGACACCAUCCGUCUGAAACCAGAGGGCUUCGAAUACCCGGAUCUUGAAGAAGGCCCAGUCCCAAAGAUAACCGAUGUGAUGGUGAUCACAAACAUACUCUUCCAGCUCAUAGACUGCGUAGACAACGACCCCUUACUGCUAGCCGAACAUAGGGGAGUCCUGAUCUCCGGCCGGGUAUAUACCACCGACCCCUCGCGCGUGCGCAAGUCCUACUCAUGCCUAUUCCACGACCCCACAGCCGACGAGAACCCCCGACCGCUCACACCCAACGAGGUAUUCACCGCCUUCCGCCAACCCAGUAUGUACCACUACGGCCCCUGGUACAAGAUGGCCAAUGGCGAGGAGUGCAAUGUCGCCCUGGACGCCGUCAUCGGCCGUUAUUACGAGGCUCCCGCCGCAUAUCUGAUGUUCGGCACGCACAGUCUAGAGUACGAUCUCCUCGGCGUCACGGGGGGCCGCAAAUGGUCCUCGCAGGACGACGUUCGCAUCCCAGAUGGCAUGACAUGGUUCCAGGGCAAGUGUCGUGCUGAAACACUUGGUGUGACCGAGCUCCUCGGUGUCGAGUGCGGGCCUUCAGCUCCGCAGGGCGAUGAAAACGGGCAGACUAUCGUAAGUACGGCGCGCGAGUCGCUCCACCGUCAGGAUCAGAUUCAUGCGUCCGAGACUCCCGCGACGGCUACUCUUGCAUAG